CAUCCAUCUAUCCAUACAUAGACAUAGACUUUCCCUAACAAAUUCUAUUUCUGAUCCUUGUUUUUAGUUUGUGCGUUUCUCUAAUUUCCUAUCCCUCUUAAUUCCUCUACUUUACUUCUACCCUCUACUUUGCACUCCUAUUACCUAACCUACCGCCCUCCAAGAAUCUCUCCCCUAUCCUCCCAUUCCCAUAAAUCUAAACACCCUUCUAUACCUACCUUUGAUCUAUUCAAUCACUCUCCCCUCUAAAGAUCCCUCCCUUAUCCUCUCCCCUCUCCCCUCCCCCUAUCUCCUUAGCAUUUUAUUUCUUUCUGGAUUUAGAAGACUUUUGUACUCUUCUAGAUACAUAUGGGUUGUUCCCUUUUGAACUCAUUCCUGAUGAAAGUAGGUUUCCAGAACUACCAGCCCUCCUUUCCCAUCUAAUUCCUCUAUGUUGGUUCUUCCUCUCGCACCUCAUUUUAGCUGUUCCUAAACGCUUUUACUUUUUAAAGUCAUAUCAUACUCAGUUCUGUAUUUAAAAGAACCAUUGGCAUAUUGCUUAGCUUCAGUUUCAUUGUCUGUAAAAGGGGAGUGAAAAGAUAUACACUGCCUACCACAUUAGGUUGUUAGGAGAAAAGUGCAUUAUAGAUUACAAAGCACCAUCUGAAUAUAAGCAGCUUUUUUUUUUUGUUACAGCAUAGUUUUAUUGCGGCUUUUUAAAACAGAAUUAACAGGAGUCUGUCUUGUCUCCCAACACCAAGGUUAUGAAAGAGUUCAUAUACUACCUUCCAUAAAACUAGUAUUCACUAACAUCGGUGUUUGCGUCAAAAUCAUAUUCUCAUCAUUUCAGGAAGGGUCAGAGGUGAGUCACAGUCCAGGAGGCUGAAAUGAAUGAAAGUACCAUGAGUAAACUUUGGAUGUACGAUGCUUUGAGCAAGCUGUUUCUGAUCUUCCCACGGCAGCACAAGAAAAAGUAGACAGUUACUAUGGUGUGACUCACGAACACUCAUCUGGGUAGCCUGUGUCUGUGUAUACCUCUCUGACAGGUAGCUCUCCACUGUUGAAACAUUUUAGUUGAAGGAGAAGCAAGUUUUUGAAGAUCAAGUGGCUGAUGGGAUUGUAGAUGAGAAAAAAUAUUUUGGGGGUGAGCAUUGCUUGCUUCUUGCCAUAUGUGAAUUUUCCUUCCAGCCUCCUUGACCUUAUGGACCUGAAUGUUAGUUUUUGCCACGUUAGCUUAAUAUCCACCUCUAUGUUAAAAGAGGUGGGGUUUUCUGACCUGAUUUCCUGUCUAGUCCAGUCUAGACACUCCCUUGCUUCUACUAGCUAGUGAGGAUUCCUGGAUGGCUGGUUUGAACGUCUCCCUUUCCUUCUUCUUUGUUAUUGUGACCUUCUGUGAAGGGGCUAGAAGAGUUUCCAAGAUGUUUCUCCCACAGAAAAUCUACAGCAGCUUUGCUGGGGAGCUGGCAAGUGCCUUCCAGUUAUGUGCAUGUUGCCUGGAACUAAGGAUGUUAGUAGAGAUUGGGCCCUGGGGAGGCGGCUUUGGCCCAGAUGUGGUUCUAACUCUUCUCUUUCUGCUUUUUUUGGUCCACGGGGUGUCUUUUGAUGGUGCAUCUGCCAACCCAGCUGUGUCCAUCCAGGAAUUCCUGAUGGUAGAAUCCUCUCUGCUGACUACGGCUGUCAAACUGUUGGCUCAUUUUUUGGGGAUGAAGGCUAGCUGCAUUUUGACCAAUCUCUAUUGGUCUUGGGAAUUGACAGAUUUCCAUCUAAUCCAGAAUCUGAUCGCCAGAGAUUGCAGCUCCUCCCUGCGGACGUCAGUGGGCCAGGGCACCUUGGUGGAAGCCACCUGUUCUUUCUUCUUCCAUUUAACUCUCCUCCUAUUUCAGCACAGUUUUUUUAUCUACAGGGUGACAGCUGUGGCUCUCAUUGUCACCAUCUUGGCUUAUACAGCUUUUGGUGGAGUGAAUCACAGCCCUAGUUUCAGAAUGUGUGAGAACGAUUCAGUUACUUCAAGUGAUGUCAUGAAAUUCUCCAAACCAACUGGCCCAUUCACUUCUGCCUUCUUCAACCCUGCUCUAGCAUCCGCUGUGACUUUUCACUGCUCUGGAAAUACUUUACUGGAUUACACGCAGGUUUAUUGCUUGGGCCCUCUCACAGGGAUGGUUGUGGCAGUCCUACUAUAUCAGGGCAACAUUCCCCGGUUUUUCCAGAGGAACCUGUUUUACUAUCAAAAGAACAAGUAUCGGGUGCCCAAGGGGAAGCCUUACUCUACGCCCAAUGGGAAGCAGAAACAGGAGAAAAGUACCAAGAGGGGAAAAGCAGAACCCAGUCAGAAAAUGGAGUGACAGUAGCUGUUCUGGACUCAGAGGACCCGAGUACGAAUGCUGCCCCUGCCACUUACUACUACCUGGGUGACCUUGGGCAAGUCACUUAAACCCCCUAGACCUCAGUUCCCUCAUCUGUGAAAUGAGGGAGUUCAACUAGAUGGUCUCUGAGGUCCCUUACAGCUUUGGAUCUGGGCUCCUGUGAUCCUACUAGACUGUGAUGACAGGUGUGCCCAUUUCCUUGGCUUGUCAGUUUAUUGGGUGAAUGCAUCAGCAAAAAAAGACAGGAACCCAGGAAAUCCUGGCUGGCUUUCUAUCUUCAAAGCUGUUGAGCUUUUUGAGAGUGUUCUCAGGCAGCAACCAAGUACACAAUCCGGCACCCUAGCAAUGGGUCAUCACCUUUCUUGGGUCAAGGUCUCCUUCGAGAGUUAGGUAGAGCCUAUGGACUCCCCUCCCCAGAAUUCAUGUUUUUAAAUGUGCAAAAUAAAAUAGGAUUACAAAGGAUACUGAUUUUGUCGAAAU